AGGUCACGUGUUUGGGCGGGAGAGGGGAGUGGUGGGAAAGGCGGUCCCUGCGCGGGGCACGCUGGGAGUAGUGGUGUAUAGCUGGCAGCCUCUGGGGAGGUAGAGCUGACUACGCGGCGAGAGGAGCUUGUGGAUCCUUUUCCGCGGUCUCUAGAAUACCGCUCUGCCCUCUUAAGGGCUGGCUUUUUCGUGAGAGGAUUUCACUUUAUUGAAAUGAGUGGUCGUAAAUCAAAGAGUAGCAACUUAAUACAAGCAGAAUACCUUUCACAGGUACAAAGAAUUUUACGUGAAAGAUUUUGUCAUCAGAGUCCACAUAGUAACCUAUUUGGAGUACAAGUGCAGUAUAAACACUUAAUUGAGCUGCUAAAAAGAACUGCUAUCCAUGGAGAAAGUAACUCUGUUCUCAUUAUUGGACCCCGAGGAUCAGGAAAGACCAUGUUAAUAAACCAUGCUUUGAAAGAACUAAUGGAAGUGGAAGAAGUGAGUGAAAAUGUAUUGCAAGUUCACCUAAAUGGACUGCUUCAAAUCAAUGAUAAAAUUGCCCUAAAGGAAAUUACAAGGCAAUUAAAUCUGGAAAAUGUAGUCGGAGAUAAAGUUUUUGGAAGCUUUGCUGAAAAUCUCUCAUUUCUUCUGGAAGCUUUAAAAAAAGGUGACCGGACUAGUAGUUGCCCAGUGAUCUUCGUAUUAGAUGAAUUUGAUCUUUUCACUCAUCAUAAAAACCAAACACUCCUCUAUAAUCUUUUUGACAUUUCUCAGUCUGCACAAACUCCAGUAGCAGUUAUUGGUCUUACAUGUAGAUUGGAUAUUUUGGAACUCUUAGAAAAAAGAGUGAAGUCACGAUUUUCUCACCGGCAGAUACACUUAAUGAAUUCAUUUGGUUUUCCACAGUAUCUUAAAAUAUUUAAAGAACAAUUAUCUCUACCUGCAGUAUUUCCAGACAAGAUUUUCGCUGAGAAGUGGAAUGAGAAUGUUCAGACUCUCUCAGAAGAUAGGAGUGUGCGAGAAGUGCUGCAGAAGCAUUUCAAUGUUACCAAAAACCUGCGGUCUUUACACAUGCUGUUGAUGCUUGCUUUAAAUCGUGUAACACCAUCACACCCUUUUAUGACUGCAACAGAUCUGAUGGAGGCAAACCAGCUGUGUAGCAUGGACUCUAAAGCAAAUAUUGUACAUGGUCUGUCAGUCUUGGAAAUCUGUCUUAUCAUAGCGAUGAAACAUUUAAAUGACAUCUAUGAAGAGGAGCCCUUUAAUUUUCAAAUGGUUUAUAAUGAGUUUCAGAAGUUUGUUCAAAGGAAGGCCCAUUCUGUUUACAAUUUUGAGAAACCUGUUGUCAUGAAGGCUUUUGAACACUUACAACAAUUAGAAUUAAUAAGGCCCAUUGAAAGAACGACAGUAAAUGCACAGAGGGAGUACCAGCUGAUGAAACUGCUUUUGGACAAUACUCAAAUUAUGAAUGCUUUACAGAAAUAUCCUAACUGUCCUACAGAUGUUAGGCAAUGGGCAACAUCCUCACUAAGCUGGUUAUGAAUAUCACCAUGGCUUCGGUUAUGGAAUUCCUGGCUUACUAAAAGCUAACUAAAAGCUAUUGUCCUUUAACAAGAUAUGUUAUUACAUUUUUGUUACAUUUAUAAAGAAGUAUUUUUAUAUUAAUGGGAAACUGUUACACAUGUAGUAGCAUAGCUUGCCUUGCCUUUAAAUCAUGAGCAGUUACAUGAUUUAUAAUUCCAGUGAUUUAGAUUAUAAGUAGCUGUUCAAAAAAAAAAAAAUAAAUGUGACUAUUUUAGGCAUUGAACCAUAUGCUUAUUUAACACUUGUGAAGUAUGUAUAUGGUACAUUUGAAAAGUUCAACUCAUUUAGCAGCUGGAUUUUUUACAUACCUUAAACAAAGCAGUAAAAGAGCAAUGGUAAGAGUUGAGGUGUUGAGUAAUCUUUUGGCCCACUGGGAGGAGGUGCUGCAUUUUUUUCUGUAUUCAUGGAAAUUUUGGAUUCUAUCACAGACUCAGGUCUUCUAAGAGUUCAGGAGAUGACCAGUUUGGCUAGAAGAUCGUUCACAUGGAAGAAAAAAAGCCAAAAGUUUGAACAUUUUCUUCCAGACUUAAUAUGGUACUCCUACCCUCUACAGAAGAUAGAUGUGGGAUGUUUUUAAAUGCAGAUUCUUGGGUCUAUGCCAGGCCAAUGGUACUAGCAUUUGUCUUUUUGACAGGCAUUUUAGAAAAUUUCUGUAAAACCACUUCUACAAAUAAGGAGAAUAUGACAAUGUUAACUAAAGCUAUUUGUAUCAAAAAGUAAAGUCCUAAGAGGAAUGUGGAAAUGGCAUAGCAUCACCUUAUAAAUUCAACAAUUCAUGAACUAAUCGGAUAUAUGUUUGAAGUGAAAUUUAACAAACAUUUAUUAAGUGUUAAUAACAUCAUUUAUUCAAGAAUAUCUUAUUUUCAUGAAAGGUUUACAAAAGACAGAGUCCCCAUCCUUGUGCAUUUAGUAAUCUUUUUAACUGUCAUAGGCCCUAUGAUAUUUACUGUUGUUUACAGAUGAGUAACUUAGUAGCGGCCAUGUCCAGAGGACAGUCAGACCCUGGAAUCCAACUCAUGUUUUGUUAACAACAGAGCCCCUGCUGUUAAGACCUGAAGCUCAGUAAUGGAUUCCUUACCAUGUAUUUUUGAAAGGACACUCUAAGAAAUGAUUUCAUUUUUAAGAGGUAUUGUGCUUAGGAUGGAGUGUAAGAUUUCUGAGCUUAAAAAUAGCUCUUCAGUAGUUGCACCCGAUCCUUUGUAUACAUAGGCAUUCUUUCCCUGCCUUCUGUCUUCACAUCAUUGUCAUUUACUUUUCAGCAGAGUCCCAUGAAAGCUAAGGCAUGCAUACAGGUUCUGUGCAGUAGUCUACAAGUUUUAGGGGAUUUUUUUUUUUUUUUUUGCCAAAAUACCGCAGUCGCAUCACCAUUACCAGCAGCAAGGAAUCUGCACUUGAGCUAAAAUUAUCCCUUUUAAAAAUUUCCUGAGCUGUUUAGGGAAGUACCCUCUUCGUUAAAGGCACUGACUAUAAGAGCACAUAAAGAACUGGCUGGAGGGUUGCAAAUUUUUAUCAAUUUAAGAUGUCACUAAAAGACUGAGAGCCUUGGCCACAUAAGAGGCAGAGAAGAUCCAUCGACAUCAGUGAAAGAGUUACAAAGCAAACUAGAAAAAAUAGGUUAGCAAGUCAAAUGAAGCAUAUGUCCACAUUCCAAAGGCAUUUUUCUCGAGGAGGAAUGUUGAUAUUCCCCCUUUCCAUAUUCCUUAAUACAAAGAAGCUAAAAUAUAUUUAAAGUGCUUAAACUAUCAAUAAAAUAAAUACCAAAUCUGAAAAAAGCCUAGUAAAAAACUUUUGAAAAUAAUGUAAACCAGUAAGGCUUAAAGAUUUUUUUUCAUUUACUAGAGGGGGAAUGUACCCUAUUAACAGCACAAUCAAACAAUUAAAAAGUGGGUAAGGAGGAGUGUUAGAGGCAUCAGUGCAGUUUCCCACCAAAAAUAGGAUCUAAGCAAAAGAAAACAAAGCCUCUCCAACUUUGUGGACAUGCAUGUGAAUGGCUCUGAGGCAUUAAGACCUGUUGGUCCGAACUUACCAUAUCAAAAUGAGCUAUAUGUUGAUUAUAUACUAUUAACUCCCUGAAGAAAUCUGUUUUGCAGAAACAGUUUUGGUCUUUCUAUAGAAAUUCCAUGUAGAUUCCUCCAUGGUUUACGUUUUCAUUAGGUUUAGAGGACAAUGCAGUUUCUUUCAAACCACCUUAACCUAAGUGUUGCCCCUUCCUUCACCUUUAUCCUAAAAAAACUGAGAAUCCAUUGAUGUGAACUGUGACACUCAAUGUGAUAAGGUGGGGCUCUUCCAGCCCCAUUUUCUUGGAAAGCCAGGGGAUAAGUAAAAGAUUUUGCAACAUUAAAAAUGUAAAUGAAAACUAGUUUUCUUGGUGAUGACUCUUACUGACUACCCUAUAUGAAAAUACCAGAAAUUUUAAGUUCAGUGGGUAAAACACAAAUAUUUGAGAAAUGUAGUUUAUCUCUGAUGUCUACUUGCCUAAGCCACAUUUUUAAAAUCUAUGGAAGAAAAGAGAAAGUAACAAGGGCCAUUUAUAGCCUCUCAUUAAAAUUGGCAGAACCUACUUUAGUGGGAAUACAAUCUGCUUAUACAACAGAGGCGGCAAGUGCCACCACUGACAAACCUCGCUUUCACCACUAUCCCCAUUCUUGCACAUCUCAAGGUGUAAGCCUUACUAUAAAUUAUAAAUCUGUUUCCCUGUUUAAGAACUUAUAACUAAAGAAAAACUGCAUAUACAAAUUAUACCAUGUUUUUUUUAUUUAAUUUGGGAAUGGAAUGGGGAUAGCAUACAUUUUAUUUGUACAAUAUUUAACAAUCACUUACCCAAGGUGGGGUUUUAUGGGACUUUUUUUUUCUUUUUUUUAACUUUCUGUUAAAUACUUGCAGAAAAAAUAGCAAGUACAACUUGACAGUAGUACAACAACCUGUGCCCAAAACACUGACAAGAAAUACAGAGUAAAGCUAAAAUAAUUACUUACCAAUAUUUUGAGAGAGGUAACAAAUAGGAUAUGGUUGAGACUGCAUAAAAAAUGUACUGCUGGUUGAAUAUCUGAGGUAAAUGAUGUUCAAUCAAGAUGCUACUUGUAUCAUUUUGCCCAUAAGUCAGUAAAUAAUUUUAUGCAUAUUAUACCAAAUGUCCCUAAAAAGUAAUAUUUUUAAAAAGGUAAAAAAGAGAAACAGGAAAAUAUCUAUGGUGAAGCAUUUUUUUUUUUAACUGUAAUCAAUUUACUCCACUAACCUAUCCUCUGGCCAGGAUUUUUUUCCCUACCUCCUGCGUUUGACUUAAAUGUAGCUAUUUCGUAGGAGUAAGGAAACGGGAAGAAGAGAUUCUUUUUAAUUUCAUGAUAUACGAUUAAUUUUUAAGUUCCAAACUUUUUUUUUCCUGAUUGUAUUUUCAAAACAUUACCACGAAAGAUAGUGCAAGUUCAUGGGACCAACAAUUGUGAGGCACAGUCUCUGUUCUGGAAUUCACAAGGUACCUGUAAUAAACAUUCAAACAAGAAUCACACAUCACAUGCUAAAAACUUCCUAGCAUCUAAAAUACAUACAAGAGCUGUGCAGGGCAUAGACUUCAAAUAAAGCCAAAUACUGGUUAAUCCAUCAGUCCUAUGGCAGUUGUUCAUAAAGCAUUCCUUACACGGAGAUCUGGGCAAGGUAAAGAGUAUAGUUAGAGCAGCAGUUCUGACGAGUGUCAUAAAGGCAAAAUACAAGACGAAUCAUAAGGAGCACCAUACACAUGAGGAAAAAAUUACUGGGGUCCCAGUUUACCCCAAAACAAAGAAGUCACCAUUUUUCUUUCUUUGAUCUUUUUUUCAGUAUCCCAAGCUCAAACUUUUUUAUUAACUUGCCCGCUCUACACUGACUGUAAACCAAACAUGAAAGAAAAUGCCCUGCAAAAGAAAGUUUUAACAAGACUAGUUAUCAGAACAGGUAGUCACUGGAACAUUCUUAUUUUACUGCUUAUAAAAAGUAUUUUUCUAUCAAUAUAGUUCUCAAAAGGAUACAAGUUUUAAAACUGGCUAGCUAGAGUUGGGUACAAUCCCCGGGAUUUCUAAAAAAAUUUUUCUAACAUGAAGAGAAAACUUUAUUUUGUGAAUAACUAGUCUUAAAAAAUUUAUCUCUAAGUGUUCACAUAAGCCAAACAUUCAUCAUAUUCCUUGUUUUUCUUUUGAUUUUUUUUUAACUUUUAAAAACAUGAUUAAAUGUUCAGAACAGACAGAAAUUAGUCUUCAGUAGAUUAACAAUUUUCAUGUAUGAACAUUCUCAUUAUUUUCCCUUCUUGAUUAUCAAAGUGGAAGCAAAACCAAAUCAAGAAAGUGAGAAGCCAAGUACUUCCUGAAAUAAAGGUAAACUCAACACUGAAAUGGGAAUUCUUAGAAAUACAACAAAACCUUGGAUACAUGUGACCAAGAGCACGAAGUUCUGUACGGUGUGUGGCACACAGACAACAAUGCUGUUACUCUUCUUUCCUCUCUGCUUGGAGUCUGUUGACCGAUGUAUGAUUUAUAAUGUAAUUUACUAUUCCCAGAGAUUAAGUGCAUGUUAUAUGUAAAAUGUAGUGUACUGUGUGGUUAAACAGCCAUUUGAAUAUAACACAUUCACAGUGAGCUCCUGAUAAUGACAUGUAAAAAAUACUUUUAUAAAAUCAAUGUAUGGAUUUUAAAAUGACCUGACAAAAGUACAUACCAUAAUACUGGCUGUUUGUUGGUCAGUAAUCUAGAAAUUCAGGAAAUUAAUAUUUUACUUUGGCCUGUAUAAAUUUGAAGAAGAAUCCAAUUAUAUUUCUAAUGUAAUAUUGUUUUGAAAAGCACUUUGGCACCUACCUACCAUCAAUUUCAUCUUAUCAAGGAUAAGGCAUGAACUAUGCUAAAUUAAUAUCAGUGUUAGUUGUGAAAGCAAUUUGUAGGAAGAGGCUAAGGUAUGUUACCUAUAUCAACAUUGGUUACCUCUAAAUGUCGUUGCAUAUUUUAAGUUAUAAGUUUAACUUGUUAUCCCUGAUUUAUUUUAAAGCAGUAACAUCUGAAAUCUGUGCUUAAAAUUUUAAACCUCUAUCCUAGGAUGAUUCUUGACAUAUCACAGACAUCAAAUAUUACCCUGACAAGAUGGCACCAAGCAGAAAUAUAGUGAUAAAGUCUCAAAGCAGAGAGUGAGGAAUUUUGGGUAAUGACACUUCCUGAGGUGAUCCUAAAACAGUGAUAAAGAAUGUCCCACACACUGGUAAAAAGAAACACACUACAAUUUUACAUAUAUAAAUAGGAAAAAAAAAAAAAAA